UCCACACAUCAUCGCCAGCUUCCGCAGCACAAUCAGACACAGCCUGAUGUGCUCAGUGCAUUUCGUGGCCUCAGGGAAUACAUAAGACCGCCAGGCUGAAGGCAGUGUUUCUCGAGGCGAUUCAUAUGCCUGCUUAAGCUUGGAAUCGCCUCGCAGAGCCACAGUUCUCAUGGCCUACAGUCUUUUGUUCCGCCCAACCAGGCGGUUCGUGCCGCCGUUGGCCUAGAGCUUGCCCCGUUCUGGAACUACCCCAGAUUAAGGAUCUCGAUGCGUCAACAAUUUACUAAAAAUGGGACUCAUUGGUGUCAAAAACCUAGACUUGCCGAGACGCUGUCCUUUGAGGUGGGUUGCCCGUCUUCGAGUGCCAGGCGUCGAGCAGUGUAUCCCCGAGCCAUUUGGAAGUCUGCGAGGCCAAUUUGACACUCGCAGGAUGUGCUUGAAUGAAUUAUUACAAACAGAGAGGUGAGGAAAUAUCACGAAAUGUCCGAUGUAGAGUCGUCACUCAUCAUCCGGUCUGUAAGCUCCCUUUCCGACGAUGCAGACAACUCACGCUUGUCUCUUCGGGAAUCGGGUAACAACUUCAGGAUCGAGAAGGGAACCACGGCCUGUCUUCCCGACCUCAGGUUGACGAUACGCACACCAGAGCAUGCCACCUUGUCGCUUGGAUAUUGGUUUUCCAGAACCGGGCCACCAGAGCUACACGCCACACUGAAGGCAUCACUUGAAUGGUCCAUUCUCCGAUCUCUUGACGGGAAAGAUGCUCGGAAUGAAGUGUCAUCUACUACUCGGAACGGAUAACGACGCUCAUAUUGUAUCCCUGCUAUGCAACUACGACAGACAUAUGGUUAUGACGAAAAGACAGACUCCAAACCCCAACGCGACUCAACAGCUCGUGCCCGUUUGCGGAUGAAGAGUGCCGAGAUUCACUCCCGAGAUGAGCCUGGAACAGAGUGUGGUCCGCAUUUCGCUCCAGUCGCGCCGAGUCGUGCCUAGUCAAAGAUGGCUCAGACGGGAAGAGGGGGAGGGGUGUGCUCCCAGCAAACGGCGUCGGCCACGGCCAAGGCCACAAAACAUGGUCAUUGUCUCUCGACGAUGACGAUGGACUCGACAUAAUGCCUGGGAGUGGUCGACAAUGGAAGCUGACCCUUUCCAUCAAGCUGCAGUGCGAAAUGGCUUUUGCACAUGCGUUCGGUGGUGACUCGAUGUGUUUACUCAAGGCCGAGACCUGGGACCCGAGACCCGAGCCCCGAGACCCAGAUAACACGACUGGUCGGGCAUCUUCGCGUUACGGGACUAUCAGAUAACCGGGACCAUCUCACGCAGUUGCAUGGUGAAGCGGCUGAGUAUCUAACGCCGCUUUCGACACCCGAAGCUGUUUAGGAUUUGGGAGGCGUCGGGAUGGUGGAUAUCCUACCCCGCGUUGCGUUGAAUGGGAGAAGCAUUCCGGGGUGCCGGGAAUUUGCCGACGCAUCCACCACCAUUCCCGGGCAGCCUAACCGAAGUCGAAGAGGGACUGGCGAUAAAGUUUGUGACGGACUAAAUAUACCGACGAGCCUGCACAAUCUUGAGCUUGAGACAUGUCUUCUUGAGUCAAUGGACACAGGUUGUCGUUGCCCCGCGACAUACAACGACAUCAUAAAAGGCCACCGGCGACACUGCCGUCCAUUCGGUCUUCCGACUCCGACCACCGCGAAGGAGAGAGAGAGAGAUCCACCACCCCGGCCGUCGCCGCGACAUCCCGCCCAGACCAAGAUUUUCCGUGUUCGGAAAAAACUAAAAGUAUCCGGCUCAUUUCGUCCACCAUGAGCAGCGACAAGCCAGCCGUCGAGAACCUCGACGAUAUCAGCGCCGAUAUGACGCAGAAGUCAAUGUUCGCGACCAUACAGGACCCAGGAGAACACGCGGAGCAGUCCCUCGCCUAUGAUCCGGCGCUCGAGAGGAAACUGAGACUCAAGAUUGACCUCAUGAUCGUGCCCACCGUCGCGCUCUUAUACCUCUUCUGCUUCAUUGACAGGGCCAACAUUGGCAAUGCUCGCAUUGCCGGUCUCGAGAAGGACAUUGGCAUGAGGGGCCUCGAAUACAACGCCACACUGAGCAUGUUCUACAUCAGUUACAUCAUCUUUGAAAUUCCCGCCAACAUCCUCUGCAAGAUCAUGGGGCCCGGCUGGUUUCUGCCGCUCACCACCCUGCUCUUCGGUAUCUGCUCGGUCGGCACAGCCUUUGUGCACACCGUCCCGCAGCUCAUGGGAGUGCGCUUCCUCUUGGGCGUCUUCGAAGCCGGAAUGCUGCCGGGAAUCGCGUACUAUCUGUCACGCUGGUAUCGCCGCGCCGAACUCGGGUUCCGUCUUAGCUUGUACAUUGUUAUGGCGCCUCUGGCGGGUGCCUUUGGUGGCCUCCUUGCGUCCGCCAUCCUCCGCAUCGACCACUUUGGCGGCUUGCACUCCUGGCGCAUGAUCUUCGCCAUCGAAGGGAUCAUCACCGUCUUGCUCGCCCUAUUAGGCUUCAUCACCCUCACUGACCGGCCCGCCACGGCCCGCUGGCUCACACAAGCCGAAAAGGACCUCGCCGAAGCCCGCGUCCGCUCCGAGCGCGUCGGCCAAACCCACGUCCUCGACAAGAUAGACGCAGUCAAACUUCGCCGGGGUAUCUUCUGCCCAAUCACACUCACCACGUCCUUCGUGUUCCUUUUGGACAACGUCACCGUCCAGGGCCUCGCCUUCUUCCUGCCCACGAUCGUAAGGAACAUCUACCCGACCUCUUCGGUUGAGCGCCAGCAACUCUUCACCGUCCCGCCGUACAUCACAGGCGCCUUCUUCACCGUGCUUCUCCCGCUGGUCAGCUGGCGCCUCGACCGUCGGCAGAUUUUCUUCAUCAUGUCCGCGCCCAUGGCCAUGGUCGGCUACGUCAUGUUUCUGGCCUCCAAGGAACUGUCGGUGCGUUACGGCGCCACGUUCCUCAUCGCGUCGUCCGUUUUUGCCCUGGGCGCCCUUACCAACGCGCAGGUUUCGGCCAACGUCGUGUCCGACACGGCGCGCAGCUCGGCGAUCGGAACGAACGUCAUGUUCGGCAAUAUUGGCGGCCUCGUCUCGACGUGGUCGUUCCUACCGUGGGAUGGCCCAGAUUACCCGAUCGGUAACGGGCUCAACCUAGCGACCUGCAGCAUGAUGCUGUUGGUUUCGACGCUGACCCUCUUCUGGAUGAAGCGAGACAACCGCCGACGCGAGGGGAGGAACCUGGAAGAGGAAUUGAGAGGGAUCUCACAGGAAGAAGAGAGCAACCUGGACUGGAAGCACCCUUCGUUCAGGUGGAAGUUGUAGAUGUGUGAUUGAGAGCUGCGAUGAGACGAUCUGGACCACAAAUCGGCACAGCUCAAACCAUUCAAUACCAUCCAUUAUACAUCAUCAAUUGGAUAUUGCUGGCUCGCCAUACUAUGUACAUGCAUGUAAAGGUCGGAAAUUCUCAAAAAACUGGAAGACGCCCUCUUGGAGAUGUCCCCUCUCAUCUACAAAGCUCUCA